AUGCACCUAAGAACCAUUUUCUCAGUCUUCGGUCUCGCUGUCACCGCUCUAGCAAGCCUCAAUACUUCUCGCGAGUAUCAGCUUCAUACUCAGCUGAAGCCUGGUCAAGGAACCAAGAAAAAAUUCGACAACCUCUGGCUCGUUGCCUCUCACACUGGAGCUGGCUUGAAUGAUGCCGUUCUCUAUACCAACCAGUCAAGCGGCAUCAAAGGUUUCAUGAAUGCCACCAACAUCACACAGCCAAAUGGUCAGCCUUAUUUCAACCAAUUAUUCGAUCUCGGUGGAUCUUUCCCCUGGGGCUUGAUCAUCGCCGACGUCAACUUCUACUCCGCUUGGGAACCUGUUCGCAUCAAUGCGGGAGACGGUCAACCUAGUUUCUUCUUCAAUUCCAGCGGCCUCCAGUGGACUGAGAAUCCGAGUGUUCCUGCUGACCAGAACGCUUUCGGAGGGUGGCUUGUCUGUGACUGGUGGCACGGUGUUCCUCAACUCUUUGCUAAGUGGAGUUAUUACCAUUAUGAGAACCCCUCGAGUUGCGCGGACGUCAACUUGCUCCCCAUCUAUAUCUAGCUCCCUUACU